AGAGAGAGAGAGAGAGAGAGAGAGAGAGCAGAGAGAGAGUGAGAGCAGAGAGCAGGCCGGGCACAGAGCACUGCCACCACCUCCUUGCCUCCCCAACUCCCAGCCAAGGCGCGCGGUGGCGUCCUCGCGCCCUCGCCGGCGCCCCCGCCCGUCGCCCGCGCAGGCCAGGCAUGAACGCUGAGACUUGCGUCUCUUACUGCGAGUCGCCGGCCGCUGCCAUGGACGCCUACUACAGCCCGGUGUCGCAGAGCCGGGAAGGUUCGUCGCCUUUUAGGGGAUUCCCAGGAGGCGACAAGUUCGGUACAACUUUUCUGUCAGCCGCGGCCAAAGGACAGGGAUUCGGGGACGCCAAGAGCCGGGCCCGCUACGGCGCGGGGCAGCAGGACCUGGCGGCACCGCUGGAGAGCAGCGCCGGGGCGCGGGGAUCCUUUAACAAGUUCCAGCCGCAGCCGCCCACCCCGCAGCCGCCGCCCGCUCCGCCCGCGCCGCCUGCGCAUCUCUACUUGCAGAGGGGCGCCUGCAAAACGCCCCCGGACGGCGGCCUCAAGCUCCAGGAGGGCAGCGGCGGCCACAACGCGGCCUUGCAGGUCCCCUGCUACGCCAAAGAGAGCAACCUGGGAGAGCCAGAGUUGCCCCCUGAUUCUGAACCCGUGGGCAUGGACAACAGCUACCUCAGUGUGAAGGAGACAGGGGCCAAGGGACCCCAGGAUCGAGCUAGCGCUGAAAUACCAAGCCCUCUGGAAAAGACCGACUCUGAGAGUAACAAAGGCAAGAAGCGGCGGAACCGAACCACCUUCACUAGCUACCAGCUGGAGGAGCUGGAGAAAGUCUUCCAGAAGACACACUACCCUGACGUGUAUGCACGGGAGCAGCUGGCUAUGAGGACCGACCUCACCGAGGCCCGUGUGCAGGUUUGGUUCCAGAACCGGAGGGCCAAGUGGCGAAAGAGGGAGCGCUUUGGGCAGAUGCAGCAGGUCCGGACCCACUUCUCCACGGCCUAUGAGUUGCCCCUCCUCACCCGAGCCGAGAAUUAUGCCCAGAUUCAGAACCCGUCCUGGAUUGGCAACAACGGGGCUGCCUCGCCAGUGCCAGCCUGUGUGGUCCCCUGUGACCCGGUGCCUGCCUGUAUGUCCCCUCACGCUCACCCUCCUGGCUCCGGGGCCAGCAGUGUCUCCGACUUCUUGAGUGUCUCUGGAGCUGGCAGUCAUGUGGGCCAGACACACAUGGGCAGCCUGUUUGGAGCAGCUGGCAUCAGUCCGGGCCUCAAUGGCUACGAGAUGAACGGCGAGCCAGACCGCAAGACCUCAAGCAUUGCUGCCCUGCGCAUGAAGGCCAAGGAGCACAGUGCAGCCAUCUCUUGGGCCACAUGACAGAAUCCCUCCUGCCACUCCUGAUGUCAUCCCCCUCCCUGGGGCCCUGGCCAUGCCCCUGCUUUCCAGGCCCCUAGCUUCCCACUUGACUCUCCUCUUAGGAACCCGGCCUGGCCCAGGGGCCUAACCCUCAGCACUUUCAGCCACCCCAAGUCUGAGGCCCCAGGGACUGUUGGGAGGGAGGGGGCGACAGUAGGCUCUUGCCCCUCCCUGGCUCUGAGGUCAUGACCCCUGCUCCCUGCCAAAGGCAGUAGAGAAAGCCAGGUGGCCCUGUGUGUAGCUUUGCGUCAUGUAAGCUGAGGCCCUGUCUCUCUUCGUGUUCUUUUACCCCUUCCGUUUGACUUGAGUCAAAGUUAGGCUCCCUUCCAGACCUAG